ACAUAACUAAUACGCCUCGACGCCACCAAACGCACACGUGAGAAACCAAUCAAGCAAAAUAAAAAACAACAAAGAUUCCAAAAAAACAAAAGAAACGACAAAGACCCCGGGAAUACAAGAGAAAUUAUUCAUUCUUUUUUCGACUUUUCUACAGACCACAGUAUCUACCUGCUGGAAAUCAUAGACUGAUUAUACCUACUAUAUACCGAACAAAGCUACAUAAACAUAUUACAAUUAUUACUUGAUGUGCAAAGUUUCUUUCUACGUAGUGGAUUGUCCACGAUAAACUUACAAAGAUAAAUACAGUUGCACAAAGUGAUCAGUGCUUCGCUCUAUAUUAAAUGUCUUUUAAGUAAAAAUCAUGAUGAACACGUUUAAAGUGACGAUAAUUCGGACUUGUUACAAUUUUGUUGCAUAGUUAUACAUCUUUCAAAAUUAUUAUUCGCAACGUUCAUCAUUGAUUUGAUUAUUAGAAAGAAUAAUAUUAAUAAUAUUAAAAAAAAAAAAAAAAAGAAAAAAAUAAGAAGAAGAAAAUAAAUAACAACAAAAGGAAGAAACAAUGUCAACUCGUGAUCCUGAUAAUCUAAUGACCAUGAACGAUGAAAAUUUCGAUUAUUUGUUCAAAAUCGUUUUAAUCGGUGAUUGUGAAACAGGAAAAACAUCCGUCGUUCAAAGGUUUAGAUCUGGUAUUUUCAUUGAGAGACAAGGCACCACUAUUGGCGUUGACUUUACAAUAAAAACUGUCUUGAUAGAUGGUAAAAAAGUCAAGUUACAAAUAUGGGAUACAGCAGGACAUGAGAGAUUCCGUACAAUUACUCAAAGUUAUUAUAGAUCUGCAGAUGGUGUAAUUAUAGUCUAUGAUAUCACCAAUCGAUCUACAAUUUUAAGUAUACAACGUUGGGUGGAAGAAGUAAGAAGGUACACAUCUUCUCAUGUGUUACUCCUUUUAAUUGUUUGGACUACAGGUAAUAAAUGUGAUUUAGAAGAUUUGCGUCAAGUUAAAAAAAGUGAAGCAGAAGCAUUAUGUAAAUAUCUUCCAGAAGUUUUACAAGUAAUAGAAACGUCAGCCAAAGAAAAUACUAAUAUAGACGCUAUUUUUUUUUGUUUGGCAUCUGAACUCAAGAGGCGACAUGAUAAUCGCCAAAUAAGUGAUAAUGAGGAUGUUAUAAAACUUGGAGUAGGAAAAGAAUUAUCUUCUUGCACAGGUUGUUCAUAUAAAAUAUUUUAAAAUGAUCAUUCUAAUAAUGAGAUCAUUCUAAUUUAACGAGAAUAAAUAUAAGAUAAUUACACAACAUAAUAACGUUCGAUUAUAGAAAACAAAAUUCUGAGAAGCAAAUGCUUAAGCGGAUUUUAUAUUUAUUACUUAUCUUAAAAUAUAGAGAGAUCAUGAAAUUUCAAAUUUUAAUAAUACCUUGAUAAAGUAAUAAUAUGUAAAUAUAAUUCUUUUUUAUAUCUAUAGUUAUUGAACAUUCAACGAAUGUUAUACUUAAUACUGUAGUGACCUGAACAAGUUUUGUAUAUUAUUCAGUGCCUUAUCAAUAUUGUAUAUAUACACACAAAGUAUUUAUAUAAUAUACAUAAAAACUUGUGUUCAAUAUGAGAAUAAUUUUGAAUGAAGAAAUAAGAAAAAUGAGAAAGUAUUAAGUAUCUUGCACAAUAUAGAAUUCCUUAAAAAGUAAUAGUAGAAUAAUUAAUUAAAACCAAAUUAUUUAUACAAGAUCAUAAAUAUUUUUGAUAGUCUUUUACCUCAGGUUUUAAAAAUGAAUCGACCAAAAUUUACAUAUUUAUUCAUUAUUAUGCUAGUUCAAA